AAUGCAGGCACCCAAGGCUUGUCUGAACCAACUGUUAAAGGAUAGACCUUUGAGUAACUAAAUAAGGAGCCAGAGUAGGAGGGACAGUCCAUGAGAAGACGCAGUCUCUCUCCACACCCAUACCCCCAGUGUCUUGGUAAAGUCAGGACUAUGUGCCCAGAAUGUUGGCCAGGAAGAGCAUCAUCCCAGAGGAAUAUGUGCUGGCCCGGAUCGCAGCUGAGAAUGUCCGGCAGCCCCGCUACACGGUCCGGCCUCGCCAAGCUCGCUUCAUCGCCAAGAACGGCUCCUGUAACGCGGCUCACAAGAACGUCCGAGAGCAGGGCCGCUUCCUGCAGGAUGUCUUCACCACCCUGGUGGACCUCAAAUGGCGCUACGCCCUCUUCAUCUUCACCAUGUCCUUCCUGUGCAGCUGGCUCCUCUUCGCCAUGAUGUGGUGGCUGGUGGCGUUUGCCCAUGGGGACCUGGAUCACCACCGGAGCUCCGGUCCGGAGCCGUGUGUGACCAAAGUGCGAUCGUUCACCUCGGCCUUCCUCUUCUCCAUCGAGGUGCAGGUCACCAUCGGCUUCGGGGGCAGGAUGAUCACCGAGGAGUGUGCAACGGCCAUCACAGGCCUCAUCGUGCAGAACAUCUCGGGGCUGAUCAUCAACGCCGUCAUGCUGGGCUGCAUCUUCAUGAAGACCGCCCAGGCUCACCGCCGGGCCGAGACCCUGAUCUUCAGCCGCCACGCCGUCAUCUGCCUGAGGAACGGCAAACUGUGCUUCAUGUUCAGGGUGGGCGACCUGAGGAAGAGCAUGAUCAUCAGCGCCUCGGUCAGGAUGCAAGUGGUGAAGAAGAGCAGCACCACCGAGGGAGAGGUCAUCCCCAUCCACCAGAUCGAUAUCCAAGUGGACAACCCCAUAGACACCAACAGCAUCUUCCUGGUGGCGCCGCUCACCAUCAGUCACGUCCUGGACAGGCGCAGCCCCCUCUAUGAGAUGUCGGCCAGCGACCUCCAGAGUCAGAACCUGGAGGUCAUUGUGAUCCUGGAAGGGGUGGUGGAGACCACGGGCAUCACAACUCAGGCCAGGACCUCGUACAUCUCCGAGGAGAUCUUGUGGGGCUAUCGCUUUGUGCCGAUAGUAACCGAGGAGGACGGCAUCUACUCGGUGGAUUAUUCCAAGUUUGGCAACAGGAUCAAAGUGGCGACUCCUCGCUGCUCUGCCCGAGAGCUGGACGAGAAACCUUCCAUCCUGAUCCAGACCCUGCAGAAGAGCGAACUUUCCCACCAGAACUCCCUGAGGAAGCGCAGCUCCAUGAGGCGGAACAACUCCAUGAGGAGGAGCGCCUCAGCUUACUUAAAUAAAGUGCAGUUUUUUACCUCCGAGACCACAGAAUACUGAUUAAUUCUAAAUGCUUUGGGAGAGGAACUCAAAGCUAACCAUUUUUGGGAGUGAACGCGUUCGGUGUUUGGGAAUCUACAUGACUAUAGAGUUAUCUGGAGUGUUUGGGAAUUUUCUGACAAGGUCUUUACUUUGAUAUUAUUUGUGCUGUUUGUGACCAGGCUACAUCAGGACGCGGACUGAGGAUAUAUUCACAAACUAAAGUUUGCUCCUCUGUUGUGUACUGAGUUUAACAGAAUCCUGUGUUUGCUGUACAGCAACUGGCUGCCGAUUCUGUUGGAUUUCAUUGGCUCCCACUUCUGUUACUGACAGGAGUGUCGGCCAAUGAGAUGCAAGAUAUGGCAGAAGUCAAUCAUUCAUCUAACUCCAAUAGGCAAGGGGCCAUUCUGCUGUCAUUUUGCUAUAUUGCAUUAUGGUCAGUGGACUUUUACUUAUUUUUUUGUAGCUGGCACUAUGUGGAGCUUGUACAUGCUGUUCAUUCAUCAUUGCACCUUUCCCCAGCCCUACACUGUCUUUGACCUGUGACCCACAUCGGAUCUCAGGCCUCAGUCUCACCACUGUCCCAUCUUGCAGUUUGCAGAGCUAUGGAAAUCUGUUCAAUUGGAAUUUGUUUAUCUUACUACAAUUAGUUCUGCUGAAAUAAAUAGGCUAAAUGAACUGCUGAUCUUCUUUGUAUGUGAUUUUUUUGUGAGUGCUCUGAGACCAGUGAGCACAGCGCAUGACUUGAAGGUGGAGAGAGAGAGAUGUUCUUGGAAGAAACAAGGGAGACGGAAUGCCUUGGAAGAAGGAGGUAAUUAGGGAAAGGUACAGAAACCCUUUUGAAAGGUGGGGGAGGUGGGGAGAGACAGCAAUAAACAGAAGAGGGAGGGAGAUAGAUGUGGUGAACAGGGAAUUUCCCUGAUUGUGCUGGGAUUGUGAAGGACGGUUAAUUUUAGGCGUAAUAAGCCCAUCAUUAUAAUAUAUUGUGUUCGCUGGUUCAGUGGAAACAGGAGAAUCAUUUAUGUAUUUCUAAUACAUGCUGAGAAUUUUCAUGAGGCUUAUAGUAAUUAGAGUGUAAACAAUGCUGCCCUGUAACUCUUGACCUUCAAAUAUCCCAAUAAAAAAAAGUAGAGGCACUAGUGUAUGAAGAGCAUUAAAGAUUUCAAAAUAUCUUGUGAUUUAUUACUCAGCAAGCUAUUUAUUAUUGAGGCAGAAUUUGAAAAAUCAUUACACUGACCAUAGCUAUUUGGUGCAAAGGAGAAUUGGUCUAUAAUGCCUGGGCAUGUGUUUAGUUAUAAAUAUUAAAGUGUAACACACUUUUCCAGCCACAGCACUUUGAUAUCACCAUUAAAACUUCGAUUGCCUGAAUCUUUGUUUGAGACCUGCUAAGCAAAAGUGUAAAUGUCACGCUGAGCAUGAUGUUUUUUACUAUUUUAAACUGUGGUGAAGGUCAUACCUCAAGUACAAUUCUAUUCAAUUGCCUCUUCCCAGGUAUUAGAAAUAACUCCUUUAGCACAAAACUUGAAAACAUUUUUCUAACAGAUCUCCCAAAGCUAGUUGCAGUAAUUUGGAGGAUAUGCUGAUCUACAAGUACAAGGGUGUUACAAUAUGCAACACCGAAUGUAUUAUUAGGCUGCUACCAGGAAGCUGUAAGAUGGCCUUAUACUGGGACAUCUAAAGACUAAUUGCUUAUAGAUUGAUUGAUGCAUAUAAAAUCCUGGUUGCUCUUCAAAGUUGCAAAGGAAAAAAGAAACGGCUGUCUUUCCUUCUUUUUCUGUUCUUUUGUCACUUUGAAUCAUGAUGCGAGCACUGUAAAUUUUCAUAUAGGCGCUUAUCAUACAGCUGAAACGUGGUGUAUUGAACAGAUGUUUUCUUCAUGCUCCAUUGCCUUUCACUAGUAUUCUUACCACUUUUCCUCUCUUAUUGAAUCGGUGGGGUUAUUUUCACUUUUCUCACUUGCCAUUAAAGGGAUGGUAAUGGCCUCGAAAUCAGGUUGACAGCCUUACCACUUAGUUAGCAAACCGACUGGUCAUAUUUUGAAAGGCGGAAUGCCCCAAUUGCUAUUUUAAGAUUGGAACUUGUCAGAGUCGGUGGCGGCCAUGGUCAAAUCCAAUUCAUGGUUGUUGGAGCCGAAGAGACACAACCAAAGUACGUUUGGAGUUAUUUUUGUGGGGAGCAGUAGUGCACUUCCGGACCUAACAACAGUAAUCUGGUUACUGGUGCAUUGGAACACCCACCCACACCCCUUUGCACUUACCUUGUCUGUUAAUGGGAGGCCUCAAUUUAGCCAGAUGUGUUGAGGUGCCAUGUGGUGCUCUGCAGCUGAUCAGCCCAAUGCAACAGAGGCUAGUGCCUCAAAAAUGACAACUCCCUCUUUGCCACAGGUACAGGUGUCUGGCCACUGCCCAAGAGACAAACUUGACGCCACUCUCAAUCUUUUCCAUUACCUCCAAUCAGGCAGUGAAGAUUUUGAUUCUCUUACUUGCUCAAAGACGCAGUUACUUCAUGCCCUUGACUUUUCUGGCCAACAACCACUUUUGAUGUCUUCAACCUUCAACUGUUAACACUUCUGACUUUCAUUUUCUCCCUUGGUCUGAAAUAGAUCUCCUUUCAUAUGUUCCAAUGUUACAGUUGACUCAAAGUAGUUUGGUUUCCCUUUAUUAUUAACCAAACCCAUCCUUUUUUUCUUGAAGCAUUCCUAAACCUCCAUAUAGCCAAGCCCAUUAUAGGCUUGGAGCCUUCUCUUAUACUCUGGGCAAACUCUUCAGCCCCUUUCUUCUCACUUCUAUCUUCUAAUCUUUCUCUUAAAUCCCAAACUUUUUUGUCUGUAAUUAAUUGAUAUAACAAUGAUCAGAACUUUCCUUACUACUUCCUCCUAAGCUCUAAUGCACCAUCUUACAUGUUCCUUCUCCUGUCUACAUCCUCACUGGUUUCAAAUUAAGACAGCGCACAGCCUCCUACUCUAGUUCAUUCUCUCCCACGACCCCAAAACUGUGGAAAUCUUUUCUUCUUUCAUCUUCCGACAAUCUUAAACAUAUUUUAAAACUUGAACUAGGUGUCAUUUGGUCAAUGCAUGAUGGUUGACCUCAAAUUCCCUUUUACUCUUUCAAAUCUUGCUGGUAGGAUUUGGACCAUGGUGCUUGGCUCUUCAAUUUAGGGUCACAAUAAAAUCAAACAAGUUUAAGCAAAGGUUUUAACUCAUUAAUGUAUUCUUUCAGUGCACUGCUCCACAUUUUGACAGUAGCCUGGAAGUUACUAUUGCUGUGCUAGUCAGAAUACUGCUAUUUAUUGUUAUUUAUCUAUUUAUUUAGGAACAUUAGCCUAUUGUUAUUUAUAUAUUGUGUGAAGCACUGUUUAGGAGGAAUUAUAUAUUUAGCUCAAUUACCCCUAUUUUCCUCAACCAGCUGAAGUAAUAUUUCAUGUGUCUUCUCUAAGUGUUAGCCUUGGCUCAGUAGUGAUAAUUCUGCUUUGGAGCCUGAAUGUUCUAUAUUCAGAUCCCUCUUCAGCAUAAAAUCUAGAGUGACACUCCAGUAGAUUAGCGUGGGAAUGCUGAUUUACAUUAAAUCAAUCUUAAACGUCUGCACUCUCAGAUGGAUGUAACAAACCCUAUGGCACUAUUUCAAAGUAAAGCUUGGGAGUUCUCUCCGUUACCUAGGCCAAUAUUGACCCUUCAACCAACAUCACUAAAACAAACUUUAAGACAGAUUGUCUGAUCAUUAUCAAGUUAUUGUUUGUGGAGCCUAUCCAUGCACAAAUUGACCACCAUGUUUCCAAAAUUGCAGCAAUGGCUAGACUUUAAAUGCAGUUCACCAGCUGUAAGACACUUUGGGAUGCGCUGAGGUUGUGAAAUGAUAUAUAAAUGCAAUUCAAAUUUCUUUUGUUUUUUUUUAGUUAAUUUGUGAUCACUGAAAGACCAAGUUUUUGCAAUCCUCAAUUCCAAAGCAGAGUUUUUGGUGUGGGGAAACCCUAAUCAGAUGUAGCCUCCCACUCAAAUCCAAUAGAAAAUUACAGCCACCUAUGACUGACUAGGAUUUUGCUUCUGCCUUCCUUUUAUAGAUAUUGUUUUUAUGCCUCUAAUGGGAUCCUAAAGUAUCUUCUGCUGCUUUGUUUCAUUGACUUAAUUAAUAACAAAGCUGCCAGCAUUAUUAUGGCGGUGACUUCACUUCAAACAUAAUUCAUUGCUGUAAAAUGCUUUGGGAUGUCUUGUAUUCACAAAUGGCACUAUAUUAAUCAAAUAAAAGCAAAAUAAUGUGGAUACUGGAGAUCUGAAAUAAAAACAGAAAAUGUUGGAAAAACUCAGCAGGUCUGGCAGCAUCUUUGGAAAGAGAAACAGAGUUAAUGUGGAAUGGGUUCAGUUCCUUAGAAGAGUCAUAUUGGACUCAAAACUCUGUUUCUUUCUCCACAGAUGCUGCCAGAGCUGCUGAGUUUUUCCAAGUUUUGUUGUGACUAUAUUAAUCAAGUUUUUCUUUCAUUAAAAUUCAUGUUAUGUCCAGACCCUGAGUGACUUAGAAUACAUUAUAUCUAUUAAAGUAACUUUUUUUAAUGAUUUAUUUACUAGAGUCAAUUUUGGAGAUGUUGGGAAACUCAGUCAUGUAUUUGUCCAUAAUUUCAUCAAAAAAUGGUCAUAAUGAUUUAUUAUUGACAAAGUUGGAUCAUUUUAGUGGAAAAAUAUUAACAUUAAGUGUGCCAACUUUUUCUUUGGAUAAAUUAGCCUUAUCUGAAACAAUUUUAGGCACAUUUUUAAAUUGAGAUUGAUUGAAUAUUUGUGUUGCAAAAAGGAAUUAAUUAGUGGCACAUACAUAUUGCUGGUGCCAUAUUUAAAUAUAUAAUCAGUGUUUUAAAUUGUUGUCACAGUCUCAGUGGCCACCCAGGAGGCAUAAUCAUUGAUGUCCAAAUAGUGGUUUCAUUGCAACAGUUAAAAUUAUAUCCAUGUUCAUUAUACUGCUCACUUGUGAAAUGUUCUUACAGAAACUGUUUGCUGAACCAUGUGGUGAUGUCUAAAUAAAACAAUAAAGUUAAACACA